UUUUCGUUUAAGCCCCCAAGGUAGUAGCAUGGAAAUUCAUAAAGGCAUUGUUGGAGUCAUUUUCUAGCUUUACUGGAAGACAAACACUUAGCCACCAUGUCCACCAGCGCAACCACCACCACCACCACCACCAUCAAACCCGCCUGGUACCAACCCAGCGUCACCACCAUCGACCCCGCCGCGCAGUCCCUACUGGAGGAGUACAGCGGGCUCGCCCCUGAAGAGGUCCUUCCCCAUGUCUUAGCCCUGAGAGACGAAGCCUUCGACAUCUUCCCCUACCCAUGCAUCGGCCAGAUGCGGUUCCUGAGCUGGCACCUCGGGCGCCUCCCGUUCUACGAGAAAGUGCUCGCCCAUCUCCGCGCGUCGCCGGCCAACGGCUUCCUUGAUGCGGGGUGCUGCGUCGGCCAGGAGAUGCGGCAUCUGGUGCACCGCGCCUCCAUCCCGGCGGCGCAGCUGUACGGCUUCGACUUAGAACCGGGGUUCUUCGAGCUGGGCUAUAAGCUCUUUCGGGACAAUGCGGAGACGUUCCCGGCGACGUUCGUGAGCGGGGACCUGGGCGUGGAGGACGAGGACUGGGCGAGAGGACAAAUCGUGGCCGCGGUGCGGGGCAAGGUUGACGUCGUCUGGGCCGGCUCGCUGCUGCAUUUCUGGGACUACGAGGGCCAGGUUCGCGGCGUGCAGCGCUUGAUCGGACUGACCAGAGACAAACCGGGGACCGUGGUCUGCGGGCGGCAGAUGGGGAGUACGGUCGCGGGCAUGUACGAGCUGACUGGCUUGAUGGAUCGCACGAUGCACUACCGGCAUGAUGUGGGCAGCUUACAGGACUUGUGGCGCGAGGUCGAAGCAAGAACAGGGUCGAAAUGGGAGGUACAGGCUGGGUUGGAGGUCGGGGAGACGACGGUCAAGAUGCGCAAUAUGAGCUUUGUGGAUGAUAAUGCGAGGGUGAUUUGGUGGUGUGCGACGAGGGUGCAGUGAGUCGUGCUCAGAGAAAGGAUAUGAGAGAGAUAUGAGUAUGGACAGGUGUCAAAGUCUCCGUCUGCAUGAUGCCUGUGUAGGAACUUCCCGCUCUUUUAGGGUUUCAGCAUUGAGAAGCAUUUCGAUCUGUGUGUGAUCCAGCGACGCCUGACCUUGCAGCUGCUUCUUCAAUUCGUUCUGGAAGAUGGCGUCUCCUAUGCUUUGCAUUACCGCGCUACCAAGUCAUUGUGUGAAAAGAACAGUAGUUAUCCCGACCGGGACCUAUUGAGGUCUGUCCUUCAAUGCAGAUUGAAC